UAUUUGAUUUUGACUUUUGUUUUCCAGAACAAUGUUGAAACUACUGGCCACCUUGCUUUUACUAAGUAGCCAUGCAAAGAGUGAAAAGUUUAAUUUCACCAAUUACGCCUUAUAUCGGGUAACCCCGAGUACCAUCGAAGAACUCGAAAUACUGAAUUCAAUGCUUUCUAACCCCCAGUUAGAUUUUUUCGAAGAUCCAGUGAGUGUGAAUGAAAUGGUCAGUGUGGUUACAUCACCUGGGUACAGAAAAACGUUUGACGAUAUAUUAAAAGCAAAUAGUAUAGAUGCUGAAGUUACUAUUGAAAAUAUACAAACGGUAAUUGACAACGAGAAACACGGUAAAUAUAUUCAACGCAAUGUGCAAUCUAUGACAUGGGAUGCGUACUUUCCUUUAGACGACAUAUACGCUUGGCUUGAUGACAUUGCUGCUGCCAACAGUGAUAUUGUUACAUUAAUCAACGGAGGAGAGUCAUAUGAAGGAAGAGAAAUUAAAGGAGUUAAAAUUUCUCACGGUAGUGGCAGAAAGAGCAUAUUUAUUGAAGGAGGCAUACAUGCUAGAGAAUGGAUAUCUUACGCAACAGUCAACUACAUUAUUACUCAGCUUUUGUACAGUGAGGACCCUGAAGCUCAAGCUGCUGCCAGGGAUUUUGAUUGGUACAUAUUUCCCUGCACUAACCCUGAUGGAUAUAUUUGGACUUGGACAGACUUCAGACUGUGGCGUAAAAACAGGCGUCCCGUUGGAACUGAAUUUGGUAUUGAUUUAAAUAGAAAUUGGGAUAGCAAUUGGAUGCUUAAAAGUUCUAGCACCGAUCCUAGCAGCAACAACUAUGCCGGCACUGGACCGUUUUCUGAGCCUGAAGCAAGUACUUUGGCCGCCUAUAUAGAAAGCGUUGCAGAUAAUAUGGAAAUGUAUAUCAGUUUUCAUUCUUCGGGACAAAUGAUUAUGGUCCCUUACGGAAAUACUACUCAACCGUUGGACAAUUAUGAAGAUUCGGUGAAAAUUGCCCGAAGAGCAAUAGGGUCAUUGACAGUACGUUACGGAACUCCAUAUGUAGCUGGAAAUGUGGCUGAAGUAAUUUAUGAAGCAACGGGAACUAGUGUGGAUUGGGUAAAAGAAAAACUAAGAAUUCCUCUUACAUACAUCUACGAAUUACGAGAUCGAGGUGAAUACGGCUAUCUCCUACCCGCCGAGCAAAUUUUACCCAACAACGAAGAAAUCUGGGAUUCAGUACUAGCCUUAAUAAGGGAAGGACGCGCUUUGGGCUACUUUAAUUCAGCUUCUUCCAUUCAAAGUUCAUUGGCAGUUAUGUUAGGAGUUUUGUUAUUCGUUGUUAAUUAA